UUUUUUUUUAUUUCUUUACACAAUGAAGAAACCUAUUUCGUUUCUCUUUGCACUUGUUCAACUAUUUCUGAUUGGGCUUGUUCAUGCUGAUCCCAAGAAAGAAAAACUCGUGUCUCUUGUACAGAAUGACAAGAACAUCAUCAAGUUAAACUCCAACACGUAUGAUAGAUUCACAGAAGGAAAGCGCGAUUAUGGUAUUGUUGUCUUGUUAACAGCACUUGGUCCUCAGUUCAACUGUAUGCCUUGUCGUGAAUUUGACCCUGAAUAUACAUUGGUUGCAAAAAGUUUCCAAAAUACCAGAGACAAAGAUAAUCUCUUCUUUGGUCAUUUAGAUUUCCAAGAUGGUCAAGCUAUUUAUCAAAAACUUAAACUCAUGUCUGCUCCUAAUGUCUUUUAUUUCCCUCCUCAAAAGGCUGGUGAAAACAAAGGCUUUGUUAAAUAUGAUUUAUCUAAACAUGGAUUCAAGGCAGAAUCAUUUGCUGAGUUCUUGAGCCGAGAAACUGGAUACAAAGUGCCUGUCAGUCGUCCUCUUGAUUAUGUCAAACUCGGUACUCAAGUCUUCUUGGCCAUUGGUGCCGCUGCUAUUCUUAAGCUUGUCUAUCGUAACUUUUCCUUUAUUAUCUAUCACAAAAACACUUGGACACUUGUGUCAAUUGCUAUUGUAUUGACCAUGAAUUCAGGCUAUAUGUGGAAUCGCAUUCGUACACCACCUUUCCUUAUGCCUGGCAAGAAUGGAGAGAUCAAUUACAUUGCUUCUGGAUUCUCUUCCCAAUUAGGUGUUGAAUCUCAAAUCGUCGCUAGUAUUUAUGGUAUUCUUGCCUUUUCAUUGAUUGCAUUGAUCAGUUCUGUACCUAAAUUGGAUGACCCUCUUCGUCAACGUAUUGGUGUUUAUGUCUGGAUGGCAUGCGUUAUUUUCAUUUUCAGUGCUUUGUUGGGCUUAUUCAAGGUCAAGAAUGGCGGAUAUCCCUUUAAACUUCUCUUGUAAACAUAAAAUAAAAUGCAAAGUUGUUUAUUUUAA